UUAUGAUUGGUCAAUUCUAACCUUGCGAAUAAACAAAUUCAUCCAAAUGAGUUAACAAACAAAAGCUUCAUGUAGUUAGACGGAGUUAAAACAAUUAAGGCGUUGAACUGUUAUUGGUUUAAAACCACGUUACGUUUUGUAACUAUUAUGAUAAAGAUUAUCAUGACUUGUGAUAAUGUUUGCAUUUUUGUCGUGAUGUUUUUUAAUUGAUCAUUUAAGUAUUGAUAAAAUGUUGUUUUAUACACUGUUAGGAGGAUACGUCCUCACGUCUGUAAUUUUAUUUAAAUAUCCGUUACUUAUUCAUAAAAAAAAGAAAAUAAAAUUUGUUUGUAAACACAUCAGCCACAGAGGAGGUGCUGGAGAGAGCUAUGAGAAUACUAUGAAUGCUUUUAAAAAAGCCAUGGCCAUUGGUACACAUAUGUUAGAAUUAGAUUGUCAUUUAACAAAAGAUGGAGAAGUUGUCGUUUCCCAUGACCAGAAUUUGUUCAGAUGUACUGGAAUAAAUAAAAAUAUCUGCCAAUUAAAUUAUAAUGAACUACCUUUGUUAAAGACAUCAAUACCAAUUGAUUUUGAUCCUGUAGACGUGGAAUAUAUUGGAUCGGAAAAUGAUGAUCGAAGAAUUCCACUUCUUAAGGAAGUGUUUGAGGCAUUUCCACAAGUACCAAUCAAUAUAGAUAUAAAAGUCAAUAAUGAUGAACUGAUUAGGAAAGUAUCAGAACUUAUACAAAAAUAUAAUCGUGAAGAGUAUACCGUAUGGGGUAAUUUUAAUGAUGCAAUCACGAAAAAAUGUUAUAAUGUUAAUCCAAAUAUAAAUUUAUUAUUUUCUAUGAAACGUGUGAUUUAUCUAGUUUUAUUGAUGUAUACUGGUUUACUGCCUUUUGUACCUUUCAAAGAGACUCACUUGGAGAUAUUUUUACCUUCAAUUUACCUCAAGAAAAGAAGAAAUCCUUUGAAAUCAUUUUUACCAUUUGAAACAAUAGUGUGUCAUAUGAUAAAUAUAUUGUUAAUGAGGCCAUCAUUAUUCCAACACUUACAAAGAAGAGGAAUUCAUGUUUACUUUUGGGUUCUAAAUCAAGAGGAAGAAUUUAAACAAGCUUUUAAACUUGGAGCUAAUGGUGUAAUGACUGACUAUCCAACAAGACUAAAAAAAUUUUUGGAGAAUAAAGAACGUGAAGAAAAGUACUCGCACACUUAAGGAAGCAUUAUUUUAUUAGACAGUAUUACAAAGAACUGCUUCAACCAUUGAUGUUACACCAAAUAAAGUCUUUAUACUGCACAUUAAA